AUGGCUGAAUCCCAUUAUGGAGAGUUUGACUUGACAUAUUUAAAAACUUGCAGGAACCUAUUAUUCUGCUGUAAUUGAGAACCGUGCUGAUUUUCUUGGUUGCAUAGUGGUUGAUGUUGGUGCUGGUAGUGGCAUUUUGUCAUUAUUUGCAGCUCAGGCUGGUGCAAAGCAUGUAUAUGCCAUAGAGGCUUCUGAAAUGGCCGACUAUGCAAGACAACUUAUUGCUGGAAAUCCAUCACUAAAUGACAGAAUUACAGUAAUCAAAGGAAAGGUCGAAGAUGUAGAGUUACCUGAGAAAGCUGAUAUUUUAAUCUCUGAGCCAAUGGGUACCCUGUUAGUUAAUGAAAGAAUGUUGGAGUCUUAUGUGAUUGCAAGAGACCGAUUUCUUGUUCAAAAUGGAAAAAUGUUUCCUGGCGUUGGAAGAAUACACAUGGCACCAUUUAGUGACGAAUAUUUGUAUAUGGAAAUAGCAAAUAAGGCUACCUUUUGGCAGCAGCAAAACUACUUUGGGGUUGAUUUGACACCAUUGCACGGAUCUGCUUACCAAGGAUACUUUUCUCAGCCAGUUGUUGAUGCUUUUGAUUCUAGGUUAUUGGUAGCUCCUGCAGUGUCCCAUGUGAUAAACUUCAGUUCAGUGAAGGAAGAAGAUCUAUAUGAAAUUGACGUCCCGUUGAGGUUUCUCUCAACUGUUAGCACUAGAAUUCAUGGGCUGGCUUGCUGGUUUGAUGUACUUUUUAAUGGAAGCACUGUGCAAAGGUGGCUGACCACUGCUCCGGGUGCACCAACAACUCACUGGUAUCAGCUUCGGUGUGUCUUACCACAACCACUUUAUGUCAUGCCAGGACAGGAGAUAACUGGCCGGCUUCACCUAGUUGCCCACAAGGCACAAAGUUAUACCAUUUACCUAACAUUGUCAGCUCUUGUUGGAGAUAUGCUCCAAACAUCAUCUGUUAAACUUGAUCUGAAGGAACCAUAUUACCGGAUGUCCCAGCCCCAGGCCUAUUCAGCAGCACAGGAUCAAAAUCCUAGUCAGCUAUUACAAUCGGACAUGCAAUUUCCAUCUCGAGAUGACGACGGAUCAAUCCUAAUGCAACCACCCUCCCCUAAUGAGCUACAUUCUCUCUGAUAUUAAAAUCCAACUCCAAAGAUGUGCAUCGACGACGAGCUUUUGCAUAUGUGAUGUGUUUGAAUGUUUAUGUUAGUCUAAUUUCCAUCAAGUACAUCUCUUUCUAUUAACAGCUGCAGACUCCAGUGUUGAAUGCUUACAAAUUAAACUCUGAAAUGAUAUUAGUGGUGGCUAUUUGACCUGUCCAGUAGUUAUUUUACUCAACUGGUUCAGUUUUCCAAUUUCA